AUGGCCUUGGGCAAACACAAGGGCGUAGAAGCUGGAGUGCACACGAGUGACAAGCACAUCCAGUGGCUCCUGGGGGCAGAUGGCGAAGUCUGGGUCUGGGUCAUGGGAGAAGGCCCUGGAGACAAGCCCUAUGAAGAGAUCUCUGAGGAGCUGAUUGCAGAGAGGGCGCGGCUGCAGGCACAGAGGGAGGCGGAGGAGCUCUGGAGACAGAAGGAGGCAGAGAUCACCAAGAAGUUCCGGGAUGCUCUGGCCAAUGAGAAAGCCCGGAUCCUGGUGGAGAAGUGGAAAGUGGAGAUGGAGGACCGCAAGGCUGCCAAAGUCCUGGAGGAGCGCAUCCAUGAGGAAUUCAAGAGGAAAGAGGAAGAGGAGAAGAAGCGAGGAGAAGAGCAGAUUCGCCUCCAGGAAGAGCAGAGGGCGAAGGAACUCUACUGGACCCUGAAGCAGGCCCAGCUGCAGAGCCACCCCAGUGAGGGGGAGGGGCGCGAGUGGGAAGAACAGCUGCGUCGGUCCAAGGCGGCUGAUGAGGAGAGGAGGCGCCGAGCCCAGCGCGCCCGGGACGAGUACCAGCGCCACUCCCUCCGCGCCAUCCAGAAGGGCACGGUCGCUGGCCUCAGCUCCAGGUUCCGAGAGCUCGGCCAGAGCCACGAGCAGGAGGCGAGACUCUACCACCACCUCCUGGGCCCGGGGCCGCCUUCACCCCUGGCCGUGCCUGGCAGGACUUGGGAGCGGCCCCUGUGUCCCGUCUCCAGAGAAGUCAUAGUCUGCUGGUUCAAGAAGGAGCAGCUGCCUCGCCGAGCGGGCUUUGAGAGGAGCACCAAAGCCAUCGCCCCCUGGUUCCACGGAAUUAUCAGCCGAGAAGAUGCCGAAGAUCUCCUUGAGAAUAUGACUGAGGGUGCAUUUCUGGUCCGGGUCAGUGAGAAAAUCUGGGGUUACACCCUCUCCUACCGCCUGCAGAAAGGGUUCAAGCAUUUUCUUGUGGAUGCCUCUGGGGAUUUUUACAGCUUCUUGGGAGUGGACACCAAUCGCCAUGCAACGCUCACGGAUCUCAUUGAUUUCCACAAGGAGGAAAUUAUCACUGUUUCAGGGGGAGAGUUGCUGCAGGAACCCUGUGGACAGAGGGACAGCCCACCAGACUACCAUCUGUUGUUUGAAUGAUUCUUUUCCCCCUUCUCAAUUGGACUGCGUGGGGCAUCCUGUUUUUGAACUCAAGAACUUCCCAGCUCAAAUCCUUAUGGCCUUCUGGAAGAUCCACCACCAUCCAGAGGGACAAGUAGAUUAGUAUAUUUCAAGGAAUGUGAAAUAUAUGGUGUAUGUGCUGCUGGUUCCUGACCCAGUGCCCAGGACAGAAAUUGCUAAUAGCUGAUGCAACUCUUUCCUGAAAAAUUUAGAUACAACCUCAGAAGAUGAAGCCUUUUUGUCAUGGCUGCCCUAAACUGAAUUCCUAGAAUACAAGGAUGAUGUUUUAAUUAUACAAAUAAUUCCAGUGCCGAACUCUGAAUUUAACAUAUGGUAGACAUUCAAUAAAUGUUUGUUGGAUGACUGCACUUCUUCUGAAAGUUUUCCAACACUCAUCAGCAACGGUUUCUAGUAAGUUAUUUUCUAUUUGUCACUGUUUAUAAAGUCAUGGAGAUUAGAGAAGAAAUAUUGUAAAGGAUUUAUAUGGAAGGCAUAGAUACUGUGUUUUAAAUGAUAUUCAUUGUCACUCUCAUUGAUAUUAUCAUUGGAAUUACCUAAGGCUUCUGAGCCCCAGCUUCCAGAAGAGAUGACUGAUACUGCCCUGCCUUCGUAUUUCCCUCUUCUUCUGCCAUCCCUCCUCUGUCUGGAAUCAUAUCUUGGCCCUGGUUUUGCAAUAUUGAGGCAGUGGUUUCAUGUAUUCCUACAGAUAUGCCUAAGUCCCAGGGGGAAUUAUAAAUUCAAGAAUGGCUUGUAGACAUCUGAUAAGGCCUUUGCUUUCUAGGAUGUGGUCCUGUUUAUGCAGGUUACUCAAAUGAUUACCUCUGCCUUCCUAUUUCUUUUGAUUUUGAUUCUACUGUCCAUUUAUACUAUGUUCUUCAUAUUAACAAGAAGACUCUCCCAGUAACAAUAACUUUCAGCGAUGGUGUCUAUUUGUACAUACUCGUAUUUUACAUUUACGGAUUAUAUAUAUAUAUAGAUAUAUAUUUGUAUAUGGCAUGUUACCAUGGGAUUAUUUUAGGCUCUAGAAUCAAGAAGACUUGGGUUCAAAUCUCACCCUGAAACUGACUAGUAUAAUAAUGCUGGCAGCAUUGUAUUUGGUGGGAGUAAAAGGAUGAAUGGACUCUGUGGCCAUCAAUGAACUGGUUACCUUACUUGAUAGUUGUAUGAAGCAUCUCUUAUGUUCUACUCCACCCCUUGCCUCACCUGUUCCUCAGAUCACCUUGGCCACUUGUUUCACUCCAGUUGCCACCGCUGAAACCAGAUCUGCACGGCUCUCCCACUGUGUUGAUCGGCCAAUGGUGCCUUGCCUCAUAUGGUGCUAUGGGCCUCUCUUCUGUUACUGCAGAGGCAUCAAGGCACCAUGCAGCCAAGGAGAGCCUGGAGGUUAACUCCCCAUGAGGGGAACCUUUGAUCCAUGGGAGACAGAGGAUGGUGAUCAAUUCUUCUCCCUUCCGCUUCCCUGCUGGAGGGACUGUUCUGAGAGGCAGUUCUUCACAUGUAAGACAUAUCAAGACAGUCCUGCAAGACUGAGCAACUAGUCACGAUGAAACUAAGCAGUGGCCAGAUCAGUACCACCCCCUCCUGUGUGUUCUUCCUCCUUCUCUGCUUCACUCCCCUUUCUCCUUCUCCUACUCCCCUGGGACUACGCUCCUAAGUGAAGCAGCAGCACAUAAGCAUCUGCUGCAGGCUCAGCCUUUUGGGGAAGCCAGGGUAAGAACCCGUCAUACAAACGUGCUCAAUACUAUCAAAUUUGCAUGCUGACUCCAUGUCCUCCCUCCUAUCUACCUGCCUCACAGGGCACCUGAAUGAAUGCAAUAAAAUGAUGGAGGGAACCUGCUUUCUGAACUGUAAAGUGCUUAAAAACCUGAUUAUUAUUAUUAUUAUUAAAAUUACCUUCUUUCCAUUAGACUCAGAGGAAUCAAAUUAGAGUUUUGGCUGCUACUUACCAACCAUGUGACUUUGUUCAUGUUAUUUAACCUCACUAAAGUUCAAUAUAACUGAGAAGAGAAUUUUCUAUAUCGCCAUCACUAGGCCUUUUGGCAGGUCAGUUACAUGAUAAAUACGAAAGCUCUGUCAAAUGGAGGGUAUUGCUGAUGACAAACGCUUUAACAGCAGCAACAGUUUCAUGCUUAGCAGGGACGUGUCGGGGGAUACGAUGUGAUGAUUUUCAAGGUGUUAGAAGAAACUAACAAGAAGAAAGUUCUCACUCCAAAGCAGCUUUGAAAGUAGACCAAGAUGGGUUGAGAACCUGAUUCCGCAAGCUGUUGUUCCUGUCACCCCUAAUUAACAUGUGAGAGACAACAGCUGAGUUUUCCAUGCCUAAUACAUUUAUUUCCUUUUAUUUGGGGCCUGCACCUCCUGCACGUCUCAUAGAUUUUAGGUUUUACCUGGCUUUAAAAUAAAUUCCUUGUAAGUUGUCCUGCAAAUGAAAUUACUGUCUGGAAAACUGCAAUCUCAUCUUGAGAGUUUUAUUAUGCUAAUAAAUGUCAGGAU